CGGAGAGGAGAGGACGAGCAGACGGGAGGGGAGAGGAGGGAAGACCCGCCGCCUCCCUCCCUCGCUCGCUCGCUGACUCGCUCCCUCCUGGGCUGCGGCUGCUGCAACGGCGGCGGCGGCGGCGGCGGCGGGGAGCAACCUGGAGGCCCACGUCGAGGGUUUGCUGCCACCUCUGCUGCUCUAUCUUCCCCUAAGGGGCCCUCUCCCCUCUCCCAUCACAGUAUGGCAGCCAGCAGCUCUGAGGGCUCUGAGAUGAAGGGGGUCAAUGAGGGUCCCCAGACCCCAGGAGCAGGGCCUGGCCAUUCUGAAGCUGGAACUGACCCCCCCCAGGUCCCGGCUGGGGUCCUAGAUGAGCCAGAGGCCCCGCAGCCAGGCCCAGACUCCACUGGGGCCCCUGAGGACUCAGGGCCCAAGGCUGAGCCAGCUCCAGAAACCACAGAGACCCCGGCCAGGGCUCCAGAAACAGCCCAGGCCACAGACCUCAGCUCAAGCUCGGGAGGGGAAUCAAAGGCCGACUCCAGCCCCAAAGAAGCAUGCCAAGACUCAGCAUCCAAACCAGAAGGGAGCCAAGAGGCUACUGCAGGCCAGGGGUCUGAGCUGGAGUCUGCAGCCCCUCCUGAGCCAGCCUCUGAGUCUGUUCCCCAGUCAGACCCUCAACCAGAUGCCCAGCCCACCCCCCAGCCAGCCCCCCAGCCAGAAUCCUCUACACAGGAAGAUCCCACCCCUGAGGCCCUGACUGAGAGUACAGGAGAAAAGCAGGAGAAUGGGGCAGUAGUCCCCUUGCAGGCUGGUGAUGGGGAAGAGGGUCCGACCCCCCAGUCUCACUCCCCACCUUCAACCAAAACAGCCGCAGCCAAUGGGGCUCCCUCCCGCGUGCUGCAGCAGCUGGUUGAGGAGGACCGAGUGGGAAGGGCUCCCAGCGGGCACCCAGGAUCUCCCCGAGGGAGCCUGAGCCGCCACCCCAGCUCCCAGCUGGCAGGGCCUGGGGUGGAGGGGGGUGAAGGUGCCCAGAAACCUCGGGACUACAUCAUCUUGGCCAUCCUGUCCUGCUUCUGCCCCAUGUGGCCCGUCAACAUCGUGGCCUUCGCUUAUGCCGUCAUGUCCCGGAACAGUCUGCAGCAGGGGGACGUGGAUGGGGCCCAGCGUCUGGGCCGCGUGGCCAAGCUCUUAAGCAUUGUGGCGCUGGUGGGGGGGGUCCUCAUCAUCAUCGCCUCCUGCGUCAUCAACUUGGGCGUGUAUAAGUGAGGGGCUCUGCCCUGCAUUCCAAGAUUUUUCUUCCUGUUGGGAGCUGCCUUGGGUCCAUCCCUCCCCUGGGGGGAGCCCAAUCGAUGGUCCUGGCCCCCACCCGUAGGGACCAAGGGAGCCUGAGCGGACUUGUUUACAGCUUCUUUCCUGCUCCUGCAUCCUGCCAGGCUCCCCUGCCAACUGUAGGCCUCCCUUCUCCCUGCACUGGUUCCCACCUCCCAUGCUCCUGCCUGCAUCCCCUCCAGCCUCCUGAUCCCUGCAUUUCCAGAAGCCUUCCUGCACUUCUGUCAACUGCCCUGAACAUCUCCCAAGCUCUCUGCACCCUCCCAGCCUCCUUCCAGCUCUUCCAGCCUCCCUGCACCUCUCCAGGCCUCCUUCCCCCCAGCCUCUGGGACUCCCUGCACCUCAACCAGUGACCUAGAUUCGCCUUCCCAACUUUCAUUUCCUUGGCAUCUUCCCCCUUCCUUUGUCUUUCUUUUAUUAUCUCCCCUUCCCUCUCCAGAUCCCCACCCCCUUCCUCGUCCUGCCUCCUCAUCUCCCCUCAGCAUCCUCUCCUCCACCCUCCUGCCACCGUUUAUUCUGCAAAAACUCCAACACUUAGGUUGGGGAUGUGGGGAAGCCGGGUCUGGAAAGGGCUCCGACUGUUCUCUCCUGGGACCACCCGGACCCAGACGCCCCCCGGGGCGCCUCUCGGGUCCACUAGCUGGGGAGUCAGGCUGGAUCUAGGGGCAUGUGCCGGGGUUCGGAGUACCCCUUCCGUACACGGGCAAGGUGGGAAGGAGGGGCUCAGAGGUUGACCUGCCCCGCCUGGGCUUUUUAACCCCAGGCACUAUGUUUCUUUCUAAAGGCGUCGGGGGUGGGGGGUGGGGGUGCGGGUCGUUCACGUGCUUUCUAAGGAAAGAACCCCUACACAGGACCAAAGCUCCCAGCCGCAGGGAGUAGGGGAGGAGCGGGGAGCUCUAUAAUUAUUUUAGAAGAGGGCGAGGGAGGUUUACUGCACGCGACAGCCCGCAGGGGAGGCGCGGCCCGAACUGCGACGCGGUUCGGAGUUGGCGGGUUGUUUUCUAAAAAAAAAGUGUGCGUGGGGGGAACAAAUGCCAAAAAAAAAAAAAAAAAAAAAAA